AUGGCGCUGUCGCCCGGCUUUCUAUCCGAUCUAUCGGACCUCUCGCUGUCGCCGAUGUCGCCAAUGCCAGCACCAUCAUCAACAGACAGCAUGUUGCCUGCUGCGGCUUUGGCGGCAUCUCCCUCCCUUGCACUCUCAAUUUCUGUGCAUGAGGGACAGCAACAAAAUGUUCAAUUGGCUGGUCCAACUGAAACGAAUGCUGUAUCUUCGUCAUUAUUAUUGGCAACAAUGACAACAACAACAACAGCGACAACAGCUACAACAACAUCAACAGCAACACAUGUGACAACAUCAACUACAAAUUCAUUAACGGCCAAAAUGCCAUCAGAUGCGCAAGCCCAAUUGGCGCAUUAUAAGCGCCUAAUUGCCCAAUUGGAAUUUGAUCAAAAAAAUUCUGUAAAUGAAAAAACCUUACAAAAUCUCCAAAAUUAUCAUCCGAAUCACUCUUCCAGUGAGCCUUUCGUUGAUAUCGAGGGCAACGAUAUCUCACCGCCAACAUUGAAUGCAGCUCAACAGCUCUUAAUGUCAGCAUCAUUACACCCAAUAACAAUUCCAAAAACAACAAUAGACUUACCUACGAAAACAAUUUGUAUAAGCAGUGAUUCCAGUUCGACUGGAAACGCAUCCAGCAAUUGUUGUCGUGAUGACAAUAUCGCUACAACCACUGGAGCUUUACACUACAAAUUACUGCAUAAUACUGGCAAAAACGCUAAAAUUAAUCGGCGAAAAAAUACGCGUAAAUCCAAACGUCAAAAUUCGGCAAUAUCUCGGUCCACGCAACAGGAUGCUUCACGAAGCAAACAGAUUGCUAAUCGUUUUAGCUUAUUGUCGGAAUCCGACUUUGAAGCUCCUGUAUUGUCUGAUCUACCAAAAUCACAAUCUGAUCUUCCACCACCGCCCCCAUCACCCACACCCUUGGCAACAGCAGCAGCAACAGCAGCAGCAGCAGCAGCAGCUAUAACAACAGCAACAGCAGCAACUCCAAUGGUGGUGUCGUCUAAUCGUUUGGCCACCGCUGUCCAAGCUGCACUGGCUUCUGCCAAUCGGCCGAUGACGGUAUCAAACUCCAUUUUGAACAACAACAAUAAUAAUGUUAUUCCUUUCCCCACCUCCCCUCUUCUGCAAUUGAAAACACAAUUGCAAUCAAACCUGCUGCUGCAACAACAACAACAACAACAGCAACAACAACAAUCACAGCAGCAGCAACAACAACAACUGAUUGUUGGUGGCAAUGUUUUGACUCCAAAGAGCAAAAACUACAAGCCACCUCAAAUAUAUGUCGAGCAUAUAUUACAAUCUAACCAAAAUGGUUUAAACACACUUAUUGCCAAGCUAAAUGACCACAAUCCGCCCAUAAUUGAUUAUGGGCUCAAAUUAAGUGGUCCAGGCACUGUGCGUAUCCUUCCAAAAACCCUCGACACUUAUCAGAACAUCUUAAAUAUUCUUAACUCAGAUAACAACUUUCAAUAUAACACAUACCAGAGGCGUGAGGAGCGCUCGUUUCGGGUUGUUGUGCGUGGCAUACAUGCCAAUACAAGCACCGACACAAUCCGGAACGAGCUCACUUGUAUGGGGUAUACGAUCCGAAGCGUAUACAACCCGCAAUACAAGAACCGAAACGGCUCUGCUAAAUGCGCCAAUUGUGAUAUGGAUCACACUGCCAAUUAUAAGGGUUGUCCCCUAUAUUUGGAUUUACUCAACACCAAACUAAUGGCCAUUCCCAAAAAUAACAAUAAUCAAAAAAUUCGGCAGCCCCAAUCGUCGAAUGUACAGCGGCGGCAAAAGCAGCCACAGCCAAAGCGUCAACAACCGGCUCAGUUGCAAUCGCUUGCUCCUCAACAGCAGCAGCAACAACAACAGCAACAGCCAGUACUAUUACAGCAGCUACAGCCGCCAAUGCCAAUGCCAAUUCAAAACAUUUCAAAUCUCAACAAAAACAAAAACAAAAAGCCUAAUAAGAAGCGCAAGCUAAAUGGUGGACAAUUGUCAUUGUUGCAGCAACAGCAGCGACAACAACCACAACAGCUACAGCAACAACAACAUCAAAUAGUUUCAAGCACACCACUUACGACUUCUGUGAACAACAGCAGCAACAUCAACACUAUCAAAACGGCAAAAAUUGCCAAAAAAUCGAAACCAUCCACAGUCUCCACAAUCCAAACUUUGGAUCCGCGCGCUAGGUGGGCGCAGAUACAAAAUAUUCAAAAACAACAACAGCAACAACAACUUAAUCAAACCGGCUCGAUAUUGAGCCGCGAACAAAUCGUUUCGACUCAAUGUCAAAUAUUAGAAAAUAUGUCCAAACGACAGCCAAUUGCAAUUGCCACUGCCCAACAAUCAAAUAUGCAACAGCAGCCUGUGCCUAUGCAGGUGGAUGAUGGGCAGCGGCAACAGCAACUGCUUCAGCAACAGCAACAUCUGCAACAGCAACAACAGCAACAACAACAAAUUCCGUUGCCACACUUGUCUACAAACGUUGAUAAUAAUAAUCAAAUACUUCUCAAUAUGGCUCAAAAGCACCAAGAACAAAUGGAUAAGAUGAUGGGCUGGAUGACUAUAUUGCAGCAACAAAUGCAGGGAGUGCUUCGCCACGGUGAUGCCUCCACACUGCCUGCUGCAUCCUCAUCCAAUUCAAAUUGA